AGAUUUCCAAAAAAAAAAAUGAAAAUGUAAAAUUUCAAACAAAAUUUGGCAAGCAAAUAAUUUCUAAAAACCAGAAAAGAAUCAAAACCCUCACAGCAAGAAAACAACAACAGUACAACGGCAACAAAAAAUUUGGUGCAGUGAAAACAGAAAGAACCGUCGAAUCAUCGAACCGUCCAAAAUGCAUUCAAGUGUAGUAUAUUUGAAUGUACGCCAAUGAGUGACAUGAAAAGUGAAAAUUGACAUUGCCGGAAGAGCAGAUACAUGAGAAAGUGUUGAUUAUGAGUCUACUUUAAAUUAAGACUUCUUCACGCGACCGAAAACCAAGUGAGUACUUUACUCUCACAGAAAAAUCCGCAUAAAUACCGCAAACUAGUGAAAAUGUGCCAAAAUGCGUCUGCUAUGAAAAGUGUUAGGAAUACAAAAAGCACAAAGCAUACACUAACAUUUCUCAAAUCCAACUACAAAUACAAACGCAGAUACCGCACAAGCAUGAGAAAUGCGAACGCAAAGGGUGUUGAGCAAUUGAAACGCACUGCAUUGGCGGGCGAGCAAGCGCAGGAGGUGAAGCUGGCAAUGGCGGAGGAGAGUUGCAUUAAUGCCAAAAAUACAUUAAAGAAUGCAAUUAAUCAAAUAAUCAGCACUAAUCGAAUAAAAUGUGAAAUUAAAUUAAUAUUUAAAUUAUUUAUUUUGUUUGUCGGUAAUCUACUGACGCACACAACUUGCCAUACAAACGACCGCAGUCAGAGCUGCCGUGUGCCGCUAAUGCAUUAUAGCAGUUAUGUAGAUGAUGAUGAUGGUAUUGUUGUUGGUGGCGAUGGCGGUGGCGGUGACGGUGGUGAUGCGAGCUUUGAUGACACGAGCCAUCAACAGCGAAAUUAUGAUAAAGUGUCAAGCAAGCGAUGCCAAAAAGCGAUGCUUCAUCAAUGGAGACAAAGGCGGCGGCGGCAACAACAACAAAUGAGUGCUUACAAUGGCCAAACUCGGCGAGCAAAGCGGCAGCGAGAACAGAAGCAUCAACAGCAGCAACAACAACAACAACAGCAAGCCAUAUAUAUAAGUAGGCGCAUUGUGGGUAAUCAAAACAGACGAAGCUUCUUCAGCCGUCGCGGCAAUGACAGCAAUUGGCAAGAUUUAUCGCCGGUGGUCGCAAGGCUGUCAACUAAAACACCAGCAACAACAACAAUAACAACAACAACGACAACGACAAAAACAAUCUCACAAUUGCAACACACAUCGCCAACUACAGCCAUAGCCAACAACAGCAGCGGCAGCAGCAGCAAUGGACGCAUUAAUAUGCUCUCAACACUGGCGGCAAUAUUAUUUAUGGCAUUGGCAUUCAACGCGACGCCGCCGGUUGAUGCCGGCGCCUGCUGGCGUUCCUCCCAAAGCAAUGGCAAGUGCAGUGAGAUUUAUUUGCGGAACAGCACAAAAACCGAGUGUUGUCGUUAUCCAGAGCUUUUCUACACAGACAGAGAUGUUACGGAUGUGGAAUUCUUUUUCUCAACAACCGUUGGCGAUGGCAUGACCUGCUCACCUUGUGCUUUAAGCUGCAAGAGCAUGCAAUGCGGCUGGAAUAAAAAGUGUGUCAAGCGCAAGGGCCGUCCAAAGUGUGUCUGUGCGCCAGAAUGUGGCGGAGCGGCUAAGCGACACAAGCAACGGGCACAGCCGAAGCUAUAUCGUGGACACGAACCGCAUAGCGAACAAUUGCGAAUGAAUCGGCACAUUGUGUUGGGCAGUGAGUUCUUUAGCAGCGGAUUCGCUGUUAGUGGAGUUGGAGGUGGUGAUCGCAUGGUUGCGGGUGAUAGAAAAGUUGUGGCGGACACCCUUUUUGCUGAGGGCAAGUCGCCACGUGACAUACGUAGUUUAAGUAGCGAAAUUACAAAUAUUAAUUUAGGUGUUGAACACCAAAAGCAAAUACAACAAAUUCAAAACCAAAACCAAAGAAAUAAAAUGAUAAAUAUUAUGCAAAGUCAACAACAGCAACAGCAACAGCAACAACAACAACGACAACAAAGCCAACAGAAGCCUCAGUUAAUGAAUAUUAGACGUGUAGAGAAACCGGGAAGACUUUUAAUAACGGCCAACAUCGAACAUGGCACAGAGAAACCCGUCCAACGACGUUUACAGAUUUUUAGUAACGUAAGAACGCACAGCAGAAAACAUCACAAGAACAACAAUUUCAAACGAGACAAUUUCGAUGAUGAUGAAUUCCAUAAUGGAGACCAUGACGACAAUGAUGACGAUGAUGACGGUGACGAUGAUGAAAGCAUGGACGAUGCGAAUGAGGAGGAUAGAACUUUUGUCGCUGACAACGAUGAUGAUGUGGCACACGAAGAAGAUAAUGAUGAUGAUGAUGAUGGUGAUAUUGAUGAUUGGUUGGAUGACAGUGGCGUUGGUGAUGCAUCGACGGGCAAUCAUCGGCGUAGUAGCGAUGAUUCAGCAAAAAGAACACCGUCACCGCUGGAGUCACGAAGAGGCUUGAGUUUACCGUCUAGACAUAAGACAAAUAAAAAUUCAAAUCACAAGAAACGACGACAACAUGAAAAUGAAAUGGAGCUCAUCAAGCGCCAUCAGGAGAAUAGCAACAACAAUAAUUUCGCUAUAAUAAGACGUUUUCAAGCGGCAGCACCAGCUCCAGCAUCGUCAUCACCAAGCCUGACAUCAAAUAGCAGACGUCUCGAUACAACAGCAAUAGCAACAACAAAUCAUGGAGAGGUAUUACGGCCAGCAGGCGAUACACUAAAUGUUAAUGGUCCCAGCAACAACAACAAUGGCAGCAGAGGUAAAGGCAAAAACAAUUUGGACAACGGUGGUAGACAACGUGAACGUCAUCACCAUCAGCAACGUAAACGCAAACAUCAGAAACAGCAACAGCAACAGCAACAGCACCAACAACAACAUCAGCAAACAAAUGGCCAACAACACAAUCAGCGCGUACAUAAGAAGCACAAGAAGCUAAAGGAUCACAAUGGCAAUAACAGCGACAACAACAACAACAAUAACAAUUUGCGCACGCGUACCUCGUCGGCAACAGCCACGUUGGAAGCAGCACUAACAACAACAGCGGCAACAGCAACAACAACAAUUGUUGUACCGACAACAACAUUCGAUUGGCAGACAACAGAUGCUACCACUCCCGUAAAUUCCAUGUCGCCGUCAUCUGAUGAUCGUCGUUUAUUAAAUCACGGAAGUCAUAUUGCUAAAUCAUCGUCCUCCUCCUACUCCACCUCCUCCUCCACCGCGUCGCUAGGAGGUGCAAUAAAGAAGCACAAAAUCGGCACAUCGUCGCCGUCUGUAGCGUUUUUUGGCGGUGAAGGUGUUUCUGCUGACGUUAGCAAAUCAUCUCUUAAUUCCGAUGACUCGACGCUUUUGGAGGGAAUUUAUGAUGAUUUCAAUAUUUAUGGUUUCCCGAAUCACCAAUUCGAAGUAGCGGUAGAAAAUUUCCAUGGCCCGCAUCCAGUCUGCGGAACGGAUGGCCGCACCUACAACACAGAGUGUCAACUAAAGAAACGCGCAUGUCGCACCAAUAAUCCAACAUUGUCUGUUGCAUAUCGAGGACAUUGUCGAACUUCCUGCAAUGGCGUCAAAUGCCUGAACGGUCACACAUGUGUCGAAGAUCAAUAUACAAUACCCCACUGUAUUGCCUGUAAAAUUGAUUGCCCUGAAGAUGAUGCGGCUGCGAUGGCAUCAAUGCCAAUUGAUCCGACGCGAGCUGUCUGCGGUGUCGAUGGCAAGACAUAUCGCAGUGUUUGUGAUAUAAAUCGAAUGAUUUGUAAAAGUGGACGUUCAAUUGCCGUCGCAUAUCCGGGACCGUGUCGAGAAAUCGAACCCUGGUCUUUCGUAUGGCUGUAGGCUGUGCUAGCCACUCGACUGUUGCGGUCACAAGAUGGUUACCGAAACUCAAAAAACAUUUUCAGAAUGUACGAUAUGGACGUUCCUAUCAUACGUCCUUCCAACUGUAACAGCUAACACAAAAGCAUGGCCACAAAACUUCAUACACGAAAGUGGGAAAUCCGCAUGAAUAUGCGAAGUGGUAUUUUACUAGUAUGAUGCUGAUGCUUGACCGGACCAUCUGCGAUUCGUAGGAAAAUUCCGUGGCAGAUAUCUUUUUAAUAGCUUUUCCAGCAUUGUAAAGUCAAUGUUGCAGAUGCUCUUCGU